AUAUAUAUUAUCGUUCGGCUUCUUUCUACGCGCAUGACGCCAACACUUCUAGAAGUCCAUCGCAUACCAACUAUCAUCUCCUCCAAGUCCGGAGUGAGAAAUCAACAUGUAUGACGACUAUGAUCAUCGACCUCGCGAGGACCGCGAGUAUUAUAGACGCAGAUCACCCGCACCCAGGGACAAGCACUAUCGUUCGCGGCAUGAAUCCUCUAGGUCGCCUAGAAGGACCCCUCCAAGGGCACCCAGAGGACCUGGUCUUGAAAGGCCUUACUCACCUUCGUUCGAUCGCGGUCGGGAUCGACACUACGUAGACCAUGACGGCACUCGAGCGCGCCGCCACCCAAGUCCCCGACGCCCCAACUCUGGCGCAUCAUCACCCAACGAUUCCGCCGAUGAUGGCUAUUACCACGACCAUGGUCCAAGCCAUCGAUCUAGGCCUGGCCGGCCCUACCAUACCCUGAAGCUAGAUGGUAUACCCGACAGGAUGACCCCGCGCGAGAUCGAGACCAUCAUACGGGAAAUUGGCGCUGGUGGUCUUGUCGAGGUUCGGAUUAAAUCAGACGAUCGAAAUGGAGCUCGUCGGUGGUAUGCUUUUGCUGAGUUCAGAUCUGAAGAUGAUGCAGUCGACUUCCUCGAAAGACAUUAUCCUUCUUUGGACAUUCCAGUUGGCCACAACUCGUCCAUUCGCAUACCUAUUGAAUAUAGCCGGGAACGUCGGCACGUAGCGAACCCAGAUGAUUGGAAAUGCACCAUGUGUUACUUUGAGAACUUCUCCCGUCGCGUCACUUGUAAGCAAUGCAAGGCGCCUAGAUCUUCGGAGAACACGACUGACAUGAAACUCGACGGUAAAAGCGACGAAUGUCCACAACAAACGCCAUCCCAAUUUAUUGUUAUACGUGAUUUGGCCUCAUCUGUGACUGAGAUUGUUCUGGCUUCUGAGAUGAAGAAGCUCUACGUGACCAAGGAGGACGAGUCAAAGCAGUCAUCUAUUACGCCUAGCAAACUCAAGAGCACAGCUCCAAUUGGCAAUACCAGUGGACUAGGCGCCAAACCAGGCUCGUUGGUACGCGUAUUCGUGAUUCGAGACAAGUAUUCUGACUUGAGUUGCAACUAUGCCUUCUCCGAAUUCUCGACUUUGGACGAUGCUCGAGCAGCUAUGGCCAAGUACAGCGCCUCUCCACAAUUCACCGUUGCUUCGAAACCUGUCACCAUAGCAUUCAUUCAUUCCGGCGUUUUCAUACCCUUCCUCCACCCUGUUCAAGAUGAAGAUCGUCGGUUCACGUUCUCAGCGACACAUAAUCAAUCACUAAGACUUGCUUACUGGAAUCCUUCUGUCUAUGCCAGCGAGUACAUAAUAUUUAACGAGUCUCUAUACGAGGACAAGCCCCAGACUAUGGAACAGCCCAAGAAUGAUCUCGACCGGCCUACGGGAAAAGAUUCUAAGAAAAGGAAGGCAGAGAAAGAUCUUCUCGCACCCAACGGCAAGAAAGUCAUUGCUAUGGCUCCCCAAUUACAGAUGUGGGCAAACAAACAUGCCGAGCUCCAUGGGCCCAAGGAGACGAACGGUAGCGUAGAGCCUACUGACAACAAUGUACCCGCAACCGGUUACAACGCUAUAGGCCCAGCCGGUUCGAGCUUGUCGGGGUCAGCGAAAACGUCAGCGUCAAAGCUCUCUGUGUCCUACGCCGAUCUUGAUCGCAUGUGCUGCCUUCUCUGUAGACGAAAGUUCAAAAGUGAGCCUUCGCUCCGUCGGCAUGAGCAAAUGAGCGACCUACACAAGGCAAAUCUCGAUGAUGAUAUACUCAUUGCCAAAGCAAUCAAGGAUUUGAAAGCUCUCGGUAUGGAACCCAUAUCCAGCUACCGUGAUCGUGCCAAGGAGCGUCGAAUGGCACAUAAUCAACCUAGCAAACCGAAAGCUCCUCUCCCCAGAAAACAUCCUCAGGCGGCCAAGGAGACGGCCUCAGCAACAGAAUCGCCAUCCGUCAAGACUACAGUGUCAAAAGGCGCGGGUUUAUUGGCCAAAAUGGGGUGGGCCAAAGGCGAGGGUCUUGGAGCUGAAGGAGGUGGGCGGACCAAGAUAGUGGAGACUAUGGCCUAUGCCCCUGGUGUUGGUCUCGGAGCGGAAGGCGGUAGGAUUGGGGAUGCUGCUGAAGAGGCUGCUCGAGCUACCAAGAACGAUUAUGCAGAUUUCGUUUCCAAGGCGAAGGACAAAGCAAGGGAACGAUAUGGAAAGAUGAAUUAGCAUGUUAUUUGUUUCUAUAUCUGGAGAGGCCUCUUUACCGUAUUCAAUAGAUACUUACUAGGCACUCUGCAGUUAACUCUGGAAGGUUGGUAAGAUAAGAGCCCAAGUACUAUCACAUCAAUGUAUGAAUAUACAGGGACUCCAUAUGUAUCAGACCUACUCAAUGGAGUGUAACUGUGAAAGGGGAAAGGGGGAUGUGGUGCAAUGUGAACACUCGUAUUAGCUCUGCUUGUUUUUGCAAAU